CAGAGGGAGGGGGACCUUAGUCGGAACUGUUUUUAUUAGCGUUACAAUUAUUAUUAUUAUGGUAUUACUGUUUGGUUCUUGUUGUUGUUAUUUAUAUGAUGACCGCCCAUCCAUAGACUCACACCAAACCAGUGCAAUACUUUCUCUUUCCUUCUUUUUUUUUUUACCGCCUGCAUCAUAUUGAACUGACACAAGUGGGAUGGAAAAAACUGACUCUGAGUUGGAUUUGUUCUCAUUUUAGCUACGCUGUCUGACUUCUGUGUUCGUGAGUUUUCUCCAUUUGUGUGUCAGCUUUCAUUUUGAGCGUUCUGAACUGAUGAGCGUCGGGGAACAACUGCUUGUGUUGUCUGUGAGAAUAUGUGAAAAGGAAUCCAAUUGAAUGUUGAACAAGACUUAAUCUGACCAAAAGCACAGGGUGGUACCUUGGGCUCCUUUCUCCAUUUAGUAAACACUCUUGGGAAACUCUGGAAGAAGCUCUCUCUAUACUCGGAGCUCAGAUGGGUGUGCAUUUCCAGUCUAAGUGCUGAGUUGAAUGAAAAUCAGCAGAAAACCGGUGGAAAAUCUGCACAGUACCAGCUCAGAUUUCACCACUCAUGAUGAGCAAAAAGCUCUCUUUCCAUUUGCCACGGCUUUUAUUGAUUGGAACUGUUUCUAUUUUUUAUUGUCGAUGAAAUGUGAAAAUUCAGCUUGAUACAAUGCAGAUUUUUCACCAUCUUUCUGCUGAUGUAAUGCUACCAACACUAAGCGGUGAAAGUGUGUGUUGGUGAAAGAAAUGGGCUGUUACUGCCACCAACCCUUCUCAUCUUUCAAACCCUGUUACAUGUGUAAAUGUGAUUUAAAUCAGUUAUCUUUCCGGCAGCAUGUUCUUUCUUUCUGUUUUUAGACCGUGUUGGAAAUAAGUGUUAUCCUUUUUUUUUUUUUUUUUUCUGUCUGCAACCCAUAAAAACAUGUCAUCACACAAAACAAGGAGACGAUGUUCAGGAGCAGCAGAAUGCGAGGGUUUGUUAAACACCCCUGCCAUCACCGCUGAGAUCAAAUUAAACUGACUUGGUGAAUUCCCAGGUGCCAACUGGAUGCAGGCUGCAUAUUCCCUAUGUUAUUUUGCACAUGAUAGCUCUUACCUCACUGUAAGUAUGGGUAAGCCUCGCCUUGUCAGGUCAAGAAAGCAUGAAAAGCCUAUAGUAGCUGCCAGCUAGCGUAGGAUUAGCUUGAGGACAGCAGUCCUGUUGGAAACUCAGCCAAGCUAAGAACUGGGCUACUUAUAAUCAAGGCCCGGUCAGUCACUAACAGCCCUUAAGCUUUUAAACGUGACUCCUUCAAAAUAAAAGAAUCCUGCAUCGUCUGUGCUCAGUGUUAAUGUUGUAUUUCUCUGUAGAAGCACAUUGGGUUGCACCAGCAUUUUCAUAAUAAAAACACGCUUAUGAUUUGUUUUGAAGUGCUUCUAUGUUCUCCUUCCUGUGAGAAGGAAAUUUGUACACCGGUUUGUGUAAUCUGUUUGGCAGCUUUGGGAUCAGCACAGCCUGCAGUCAGUCAGGUGGAGCUCUCCUGUUUGCUGUUUAACUGCAUUAGCCGUGGCUAAACAAGGAACUGAGCAUCUGCUGCCUCGUCGAAGCACUGGUUUGUUGAAACGGAGGGUUGAGUGUCGAACAUUUCCUCUUUAGAUGUUGCUUUUGUUUUAUUGUUUGACGGCUCAGUUUGAAUAUGUGCUCUCUGGAAGAUGAAAAAUGUGAGUUUUCACGAGACUGAAGUAUCAUCAUUUGUUUUAAGACUGAAAGAUUUUCAGUUUUUGUGUGUUGUAGGCCCAGAAGAUUAUCACAUUACAUUAACCAUGGAUUUCCAUGCACAGCAGAUUUCCAGUGAAAGUUUUGAACACCCACUGUAUAUUCUUUCCCAUUGUAUAACUUGGCAUUUAAGGUAUAGUUCAGCAUGUUGGGAAAUAUGUUCUUUUUUAAGAGUUACAUGAGGAGAUCAAUAUAACUCUCACGUCUGUGUGUUAAUGGAGCUGGAGCCAAGAUGUGAUUAGCCGAGCUUAACGCACAGACUGGAAGCAAGGGGGCGACAGCUAGCCUGUAAACGUUAAAAAAUAACACCUCUGAAGCUCAUUAUUUAAGACGUUGUAUCUUGUUUGUUUAACCCCUCCAUAAACAAAUGGUUGGUUUGAGAGGGAUUUAUGUUCUUUAACUAUAAACUGUUGGAUCAACUUGUUUGUAAAAAUAGCACAGAACUCAAAAAAUACAUUUGUCAUUUUAAUUUUUUUGUUUGUGUGUGUAUUAAACAAACAAGAUGCAACGUGUUAAUCAGUAACUGUUUAAGCCCUGCUUCCAGGGCUAUGCUAAGCUAAUCACCUCCCGGCCCUGGCAUCCCACUUGAAGCACAGACAUGAAUAUCUGUCAUCUCAUCACCUAGGAAGAAAGCAAAUGAAUAUGCAUCAUAAUGUCCCACUGAGUGAACUGUAACAGCUGAUCAUUCUGCUGCAGUACACAACGUUACCUGUUCUUACACUAUAUCCUACAUAAAAGAAAAACUCAAGCAUUGGAAAUCUGCCUCAGGAACCUGUGUCUAGAAAAUAGUGUUUUUAAAAGUGAACUCUGGGUUUUAGCACUACACAUUGGCAUUAACACUUCACACUCAGCUCUAAUAUUUGUGAACCUUCUUGUCUGGUACGUGACUCUUCCAGAGAUCACAGCCUCAGUGCAAGCAGUGAUUGUAUUAAACGCACCAUAACAAUGGUAGCUUCUUAGUUUCACUUCAAAAUGUAUUUAACCAAGUUACUAAAUAUUGAGAACUACUGACAUGAUUUGUACAUAUUAUUAUUAUUAUUAUUAUUAUGUAACACCACUAUGAAUCUAAUAGAACAUGCUCUAGCACAGUGGUGGUGGUCUGUAAGCCAGUCUGUGGUUGGACAAGCAGGGGGACUCCAUGUUGUGUUCCUGAGACGUGACUAUACGGCACUGUAUGCAUUUUAAGCUCGAUUUGUUAAAUGUUCUUUGUUAACUCCCCGAUGUGACAGAAUCUGGUGUGUAGACGGGUUUCUCUGUGUUUCUGUUCUAAGAGAGAUGUUACACUUUGUUUCUCACAGAUUUGGGAGGAUUAUGUAUUUAUUUAUUUUAUGGGACGCUUCGUGUCAUGUCCAAUGCCAUUUUCUAUCUCCAACUUUUGUGUUCAAGAGGCAGAAGUCAGCAUGGUGGUUUUCUUUUUUUUUAAUAAAUGCCAUUUUUGAACAUCCUCUCUAUUGAAUGACUACACAUGCAUAUGCCUUGCUAGCUUGACUGGAUCAGAUAUCAGAUAUAUAUAUCAGGCAAUAUAGUCUCAGUCGUUUUACUUGACAGGAAAUAAGCUGAACUGAUAUCAUCUGCGUGGCCUAGUUAGUUUGUGCUGUUGUUGAGCAGCACUCAGGGUCUCAGGAGAAUCAGCUCAUUAUAGACAAAACAACAGUCAAAACAUCUCAUGUUAGAUCGAAGGAGGGUCUUUAAAGCAUGUACAGUGAUGGUUUUUAAUCAUCUUAAGUCUUUUGUGUUAAAUACCCCCCCCCCCUCCCCUUUCUAACUGAAGGCUGCUGUAUAAAUAAUGAUCACAAUAUAAUAAAACAUCUUUGUAUGAUAUAAAAUAAGUCCUCAUAGGAGAAAUCACGGCCUUAUAUCUAUAUUGUAUGUAUUUUUGCACACUUUAGUUAUUAAUUUAAUUUAAAAUUCAUUAAAUUUACAUUUCUGGCUGCACACAAGAACCCACUCAGACCAGUUCCUAUGGCAGCAAAACUGAGGUCAUCCUGUUUGCUUUGAUUAUCCUUCAGAUAUCUGUUCUAAUAAGUCUGUUCUUUGGGUUACUGGGUGUAGAUUGAUGACCAGAAAUGUAAUUUUUUAGGUAUUUUAAAUGUAAAUGUACAAAACAAUGAAGUGUGCAAAAACUAAAGAAGUCUGGAUACUUUACAAAGCCACUGUAAGUGUGCUAGAAGCAACUUAAAACAGAUCAGUUAGAUCAAUAUAAUAACGGACUGAUGUUUAAAAAAAUAAAGAACAACAUCAUCUCAUUUGUUUUAGAAAGCUAACCAGGCCACAACAGGCCCCUGGAUGCAUACAGUAGGUUGUUAACAAUUCAUAUUAAUAGUCAAUAUUUAUUUAGCACAGUUCACUGUUUUAUUUUACCCCAAAGAAAUCCCCUUGAAUUAGCUUUUUACCCCUGAAGGUUAUUCUUGUAAUGUUGGAAAAGAACUUAAAACAGUGUUUAUAUCAUUAUGGGAGACCAACGUCCUGACACAUUACUGCUUUUAUACAGCACUCAUUCAAAAACUAAAAUUAAUAAAUGUAUUAAACAUAUACACAUAUACAAAGUAAGAAAUACUGGUUCUCCUUGCGGUAGACUGAGAGGAGGAGCUGUGCUUUGUCUCCCUCUGCUGGCAGUAGUUAGUGCAUCAACAGCAGCAUGCAAAGUCCUGACACUGCCAACUCCUUUCUAAGACGAGAGAAGAUAAAGUAAGGAAACAGCAUCUCAUUUAUAGACAUAUUUGACACUAGCAACCCAUAACUUACCCUAUAGUGAGAAUAAUAAUAGAAUAUUAUAUAAAUAUAAGUAACUGGUAUUUAUUUUCUCUUCACCUUAUUUGGUGUACUUUAUAGGCUUAAUGAUGCAUUGACAGUCAGUACUGAGUUAUCAAUGACAUGAAAACACUCAAUUCUGCCACUAUUAAUGAUUAAAAAAUGAGCAGAAUUUUCCAUCUGUCAAUAGUGACAGUCGGACAAUCAUAGGCCACAUCUAUCAGACUGCAUGAGAAAUACGCAAAAAUGUAUAAUAUUCUACAUACAAACUACUAACACACAACACUAACACAUCUAAAACACAACAUACAAGCUGUUAUUAAAUUACAGAGGUAUUCUCCUCUAUAAAAUCACUUAUGCAAUCCUAUAUUAUAAAAGUACUAACCUGAGGCUGCUGCUUUAAAGACACCCGUCUGCUAGACACAACAUGCCCGACUGGCUUCAGCUCCCUCUUGCAGCACUCUGUGCCUUGGGCCAGAAGUUUCAUAUAAUAUCAGAUCAAACCUACAAUUUGUGCAUGAAAGAAGUCAUAGUCUUUCUAUGUAUUCAAGCAGCGAGCCAGAUGGCCACAAACAAACACACACACACACACACCAGCAGCGUGCCUCGCCUCCGUGUUAUGAAAACAGCAGCUCGGAUUAAUGCUUAAACUUGCCCUCUGUAGGUGCGUCUUCUUUAAGACAUACAGGGUAAUGUGCACUCCGUGUCCUAUCUGACCAUAUGGGACACACCCGCCUUGCCCUGAGGAUCAUGGGAAGUUGGAAGAAGAAGCUUUAGAUUGGAGCGAGUAGUUCAGACAAAGAUGAGCAUGAGGAGGUUUUUCCGAACUCACAGGGAUGAAGACUACAGUCAGAUCCAGUAUCUGACGGCCAAGUGCACCCGCCUGGCUCAUGACAAAGCAAUGCUUGACAAGGAGUUCCUGGUGUCCAGAGACAGGGAGAGGAAGCUGCAGAAUAAUCUGGAAGUUGCGUCCGUUCAGCUCCGCCACCAGGAGCAGCUGAACAUGGAGCUCAGGAUGGAACAGGACCAACUGAUCGGCAGGAUCCACCAGCAACAGGACCUGGUGGACUUGUUGCAGCAGCGUGUGGUCCUGCUGGCAGAGGAGAGCUACCGGGACGGGGAGCUGCUGCAGCAGGUCGGCUCAGAGCUGCUGUGUCUGCAGAGCUCCGAGCUGAAGCUGGAGGGCCUGGUGGAGGAGCUGCAUGCUGAGGCCCAUCGCAGAGCUAUGGUGGCAGAGAGCCUCCGGGCAGAGCUACGUGCUGAGGCCCGGCACAGAGCUGUGCUGACGGAGAGCCUGGAGGUAGAGCUCCACAGUAAGAUGAUGGAGCUGGAGGAGCAACAAGACACCAACAAAAUGCUGAUGCAGGAGCUGAAGGAUUUACGCUCUGCUCAUCAGAAGGAGGUGAGGGAGCUGCAGCAGGAGAACGAGGGGAGUCUGAGGAAACUGCAGGAGACAGCAGAGCAGUUUGAGUGGCUCUGUCAGCAGCAGCGCUACUGGAUGUGCUGUGUCAAGAGAUUCAAAGUCUGCCUGAUGGAGGAGAGAGAAGCUCUGCUGCGACAGGUCAGCAUGCUGGAGAAGAAACUGAAGAAGAGUUUACACAAUGACAGUCCCCCAAAGAGCGUCCUCUGUCCCCUCCAGGACACUCAGUGCUGUGACAGUAUAACAUCGUGGGAUGCAGAUGCAGAGGCUGACCUCAAGUCUCAGGUGGAGAAGUCAAACACGCUGUACGAGGAGCUUUUUAACCAGGCAGGGAGUCCUAUCAACGGAUACCAAAAACCUCCUUGAGGACAGAAGCCUGGAGCCAGGACUCGUCUUCUUUUUCUCUUCCCACCUUCUGCAAACCAGAGGAUAACUACUAGAUGUUUGUGUAUGUGUGGUUGGCUUUGUGGAAUACUUCCCAGUCAUUGUCAAAAAAGAAAGAAAACUUGGGAAAACAUACCUGUGAAAGCAUACAUUCAUUGUUUUUCUUCCACUAUUGUUCACCUGUCUUAAAAAGAAUCUGCUGUCACAAUAUAUGACUGAAUUAAACACUGUAAGUCUGCUCCUGUCCUCCUUUUGCUGUGACACGUGCGCAUCACAUGUGUUCCUAAAGUCAAAUUUUCCUGUAAUUGUCCGUUAUUCAGACCUUGUAAUCAACACCACUAACAAGAGCAAAAGCACCUGAGAAUGCUCUCUUUUGUUGUUUUGCCAAUGAAUCCUCACAGGGGAAGCAGCAGCUGGCGUGCAGAGCAAACAACAAACGUGUUGUUUAGACCAAAAUGAAGCCCUACUGAUUGUUCCCCCAUUGAGGAUCUGGUACAUCUCGGCCCUCAUGAUCAGAUCUCUUCACUUAUCACUCGGCUUUCACUUGUCAGCAAGAAUCUAAAAAGCAUGUGAGGCUCCAUCGCUGUGAACCAUAUGAUGCACACAUGGUGUAAAGGCAACAACAGUUUACAGACAAAGCAAAUGUUUAGGGAAAGCAUAGAUGUUGCACGACAUAUGAGCUGCUUAAUCAAUACACCGUGACUGCACAUGUUUGGGUGUUGUUGCAUCCAACAGUGAGUUAAAUUCACUGGUUCUUGAGGAAGUGACAAUUAAAUGUUGGACUCACUAAAUGCAUUAAACAAAAUCGCCAUGUUGCAUCAUAGAGCUUUGUCAGACAUCUAACUAUAAAGCAAGAACCGAGAACCGUUAAUCCGUUCAACUUCUCGGGUGCCGGUCUUUUUCUGAGGACGGAAGGGGGAAUAGUGUCGAGUCUAAAGUUAAACAGAUGAGUGGUUCUCGACAACGCUGCAAGCAAUCAGGCUGUUCC